CUGUUUGGGCGCUAAUACACAAAGAAUUUGCAGACAAGUGUUUUACUGUUUCAAUAAAUGUUACAGAAAUAUUACAUUAGUGCAAAAAAAUAAUAAAUCCAAGUAUGCUGACCUAAAUAGAGAAAAUUUAAUACAGACACAUAUAAACAAAACAUUCCACGCGUGCAAACUGCACAACAAAUUACAAACCAGCAAAAGGGGCCAACCACGAAUUAAGAAGUGAUCAAAACUGAAAUCAAUAAAUAAUUGCGAUUUCAUAGAACAAAUACACGGCACAGAGGUGUCCCCAAUAUACAACGCAAACCAUUUAGGCGGAGGCAAGGGCAGCAGCUGUCGAUAUUCCCAACCAACUUUAAAGGCCUCACACGAGGGAAGGAACUCAUAAUAAUGUUGUCGCGGCUGCAAGACUUUCUGUCACGCCAUCGACGUAAAUUUAUUGUAACUGGUGCGCUGGUGGGUGGCACCAUCUAUGCAGCGCGCUAUGCGCAGCGCAAGCUAGUGGAAUACCAGGAGAAGCAGGCGAGAGAAUUCUUCGAACGUACACGGCGAAUGCACCACUUUGAGUCAACGGAACGCACCUGCAACCAGGUGAUUCUAGGAAUGGGCGAGGAGAUGUGCCAAGCAGUGUUACACGAGUGCAGCACAGACGAGCUACUAGAACAGCUCCGCCAGAAUCCACCCAAUAAACUGGAGCUGUGGGAGCAAAUGAAAAUCGUUGCAUUCACGCGUCUAGCCACCUUUGUCUAUGCCUCCUCCAUGCUGGUGAUUGCGCUGCGCGUGCAGCUCAACCUGCUCGGUGGCUAUAUCUACCGUGACAUCAUGACAGAGCAGCGGCAAAUAACGGACGAACUGAAGCAGCAAUAUUUAUCACUCAUCCGCCAUUUCAUCACACACGAUGGCAUACGAGACUUAGCUCGAUUUAUACGUAGCCAGGUUGUGGAGGUGUUAAAGUCGAUGCCGCUCUCUCGUCAACUGACGCUGGCUGAUACGGAGCAGCUGUUCUGGUCCCUGCAAAUGGCCAUCAAUGGUGACACACGGCACGAUCCCAACUCGAAGAUGAGUAAAUACCUGCUGCCAGACCUAACCCGCCUGCAAGAGAGAUUCAAUUGCUCUCCGCUGCUGCAGCAGAUGUAUAACGAGACGCUAGAUCUGCUCGAGAGCGAGGAUUGCAUUGGUGUCUGCGCGCACAAUGUGAGUCGCGGCUUUGUGCUCAGCUGUGAUGCCAUUGCCGAGUCGAUGGGCGAAACUCUGCAGCAUUUAGCGCCCGGCGAGCUGCAACAGCAAGAGUCCCUGAAUGGACAAACCAAGCAGAGCAACAACAAUAAUCUGUUUGACGUGAACAAGGUGCUGCUGGCCCUGGCCAAGCUGAUACCCAUCAUCAGUGGACUCACUUCGCAUGGAUACAAUAGCGCUGCCCGGCCACAUAAUCUGCCGACGCAGCUGCUCAGCUUCUAUGUAGUGUCCGAGAAAUCGAAGAUGGUGGGCGCCAAUGUUUACGAGUCCUUCAGCUCUGGUUAACCGACAGUCAGAAUAAAUAUGUAUAUAUAUUUAUAUACUUAAACGGGUAUAUAGAUAUAUAAUUAUAUGUAUAUUUAAUUUUAGCUUAAGACACUUGCAAAUUAAGAUUAUAGUAUAGACGCAUAUGUUUUUAAUGGGAGACUUAUUUCAACUUAGAAAAACCAUGUGUUAUGUGUGUGUAUGCAUGAAUAUCUAUUUGUACUAUGCCUAAGUCUCAUAGCUAAGAUCAGAGUAUAUAAACAUUAAGGCAGCGGGCUAAGUCGUUGGUGAUUCGAAUUGAAAAUAAUAUACAAAAUGAGCAACGUGAAGGCCUUUCGAAAUAUAAAUAUGUGA